CAGCCGCUGACUGGUGGGGCCCGAGGGGCAGCCCGGGCGCAGGCCCAGUGUGGCCUGGGCAGAGGUGGCCGAUGAGACGCGGGGCUCUGUUGCUCUCAUGAGCAGGCGUUGCUCGCCCGCUGCUGCCGCGCUCUUGCGGGGGCUUGUUGGCCCCGCUGUUCUCUGCCUCGGUAGGAGUAUGAAUCUCUGUGGGGCACCGGCUGCUUGUGCUGCGGGGCCUGCGGACGGCAAUAGCGGUGGUGGCGGCGGUGUGGGCUUCUCCUCAGCGCGGCUGAGUCCGCCGUGGCUGCGGCUGCCGGAGGUACCGGGCGCAGAGCCGCACCGAGCUAACGAGCUGCUACUGCUGCUACCGCCGCCGGUCCCGCGCGGCGUGACCUUGCCGCAGCAUCAUGUUGUCUAUUUCCCGGGAGACGUGCAGAACUAUCAUGAUGUCAUGUCCUGCCACCCAGAAAACUUUCAGUGGGAGCACUGGAGCUUUGAAAACAUCGCGACCAUACUUGCUCGCCGGUUCCCUGGUAGCUUUAUUUGGGUUGUGAAGUGCUCCCGAAUGCACUUGCAUAAAUUCAGUUGUUAUGACAACUUUGUGGCCAGCAACAUGUUUGGAGCUCCAGAGCACAGUGCUGAUUUUGGGGCAUUCAGGCAUCUCCAUGCAUUGCUAGCUAAUGCUUUCAGGCUCGCACAGAACGUUCUGCUGUCCCAGAAAAGUAUGCAUGGUGCCAGCAAGGAGGCAAAAAUAGCUGCUUGCAAGUCACAGCUACAGUCCGUUCCUGCAACAAACGGCUGCUCCUUCACAGAGAGAGAUUGUGAAUGCUCCAGUAAUUCUGCUGUGAGCUUCCCUGUACCGGCUGCCGUGGGUGCAGUGUCAUUCACUUUGAUUGGCUUCAGCAAAGGAUGUGUGGUCUUGAACCAGCUGCUUUACGAGCUGAAGGAGGCUAAAAAAGACAAGAAUACAGGUGCCUUCUUACAAAACAUAAAAGCCAUUUAUUGGCUGGAUGGUGGCCACUCGGGAGGAAGCAAUACUUGGGUUACUUACCCUGAGGUGCUGAAAGAACUUGCAGAGACUGGGAUUGAAGUUUAUGCUCACGUUACACCGUACCAAGUGUUUGACACAAUGAGGUCAUGGAUUGGGAGAGAGCAUGAGAAAUUUGUACAGAUACUUGAAGGAUUUGGUGUGGAAAUAAAUGAUCAGUUACAUUUUGCUGACAAUGUCCCCUCCUUAGAAAACCACUUCAGAGUUCAUGAAGUGUUUUGACUGUAUCUGAAUAUUCACUAUAAAGGCACUUUUAGCACUGGAAAUGUUGUCACUGAGAUUGACAGCUUUGAGCAGAUGCUAUCUGAAAGAGUAUAUCUCAGUCCUGUGUUGCUAAUAGAGACUAGAUUUUCAGGCAGUAGCUGAAAAAAGAGGAUUGGGACCCAGUACCUACAACACACGUUGUCAUUUAAUCCUGGAAAGAACUGUUACAAAGAACUAUCCUAUACAUGGUUGUGGGUUUUUUUGUUAAAUGUGAAUGUUUAUUCUCAAAGUGUUGGCAGUGCUUUUAGUCCUGGAUGUCUAAUAACAUGUGCUGCCUUUAAUGGGAGUUUGAAGCACUGAAGAGACUUCCACAGGUCUGGAUACUUCAGUUUAGCAGCUGCCAGGGCCAAGUGCUUUGAGCUUGGUUAAUAGCAAAUGUAAGGUUAGUCUUCUGACUGAAGAAAAGUGGUGAUUGUCAGAACAACAACCUUAGCUAUAAAGGUUUGUGAAAGCUGGUUUAGUUGGUUAAUUCUUCCGGUUUUGUGAUAUUUCCCCUAAAUGAAGCAUGCUUACCUUGGGAAUCACAGUGCCAAUCUGUUGUUCUUCCUUCUGUGCACCUUGUUUUCUAGUUUAUUUAUUGUGUAGUACCUGAUAGUGAGCAGCCCUCUCACCUGGGGCUGGAACAUUUGCCGUAGCUGUAUUAAGUGACCAAGAGUGUUGAUCAGUUGCUUUUUCAACAACUAACUUCUUAGAGGACCAGUAAUAAUGCCAGUAUUUUCAAGUCAAGAGGUGUCUCUUCAGCCCUGCCUUGGACUAGUGAGGCUUUUCUGGCUAAUGGCUGCAUUAAUCUUGAUCAAAAUUGAGCCAUAAGUAUCUAAAAUAUAAGUUGCACAAAAAGCUUUUAGACAAUGUUGACUGCAGUGGUUUCAAAAUGCUUUGGGUUUUGAAACUAUUAUCUCCUUUAAAUGUAUUGCAGUAGUUCCUUCUAGAGCCACCCAAAAACCUGUUUUCAUACAGAAAAAGCCCAACUCUGUAAUUAAACCCAAAGCUGGAAAAAACAGAUAAAGAUGUAAGCUAGUUCAAAAACCUGAAUGUUCUUCAGACAAAUGAUGAUAUUAAUGGAACUGUAUUGUUGUCAGGAACUUCCAAAACAAUGUCUUAGAAUCACUCUUGAAGCCAGCUGCAAUUAUUAAUAGCAAAGCAGUAGCUGAAACCAGUCCUGGAAGUACAGGAUUACAAAAGCAAGUUAGAAGAAUGCUGUGAAGAUGACACAAAUGUGGUUACAUUCUGAUGAAAGACUCAAUUUUGUUCCUGUGUUUGGCUUAGUAACGGCUUCUCUCUGCUUCUUGCUUCCUGUGACUCCAGUACUGCAGAAGGAAAAUCCUGGGUCAUUGUUCUUCUGUUUACAUCAUUAAAACUUAGGAGGGUCACUGCAGACAGUAUUUUCACAGCUCCUCUAGAGGCUGUGCAUGCAUUAGUGAUAGCUGAAGAGCAAGAAAAGUGUUCUUAAUACUCAAAAUAUGAAGGCUGUUGAAAGGGUUAGGCAUACAGUGUGGAAGCAAACACUGUAGAUAAUACAUAGUUGUUUGUAGUUGAUGAAAAGGAGGAAUAAUCUAUUUUAAUUGAUGGAGAGGAAUAAGCACAACUUGCAGCCCAACUAGCAUUUUGCAGAAGAAUCUGAAAUCUAGUUCCAUCUGUUGCAUUUUUUUAACAGCUCUUUCCUGGAGGCAUUGUUCAGACUCUGUUGGUUACCUUAUCAGGGGGAUUAUAACAACUUGCUGAUGUGGUCAAAGGAAGGCUAUGUCCCUUUCUGGUACUUUUGAUAACCUUUGCAGCACGUGCAAGGACUUUGUCCUGUAGAGGAAAUGUGGGUCACCUAAGACUGUGGUUUUAACAGCUACAAAUUGAUUAAAAUCUUUAUCCACCUAUAAAAGAAAGGGAACCAGACCCCAAAACAGGCCACUGAUCUUGCUCCCUUGGUUUUCUACUGAAUACAUUAACUUGGGUAUGCUAAAACUUGCCCUGGCCAGUAAUAGUGCAGAUCACAGACCGAUUUUGGAAUGCUUCCAUGCAAGGCAGAGCAGGAGGAGCAGCUUGUUGUAAGCUUUUUGGAAACAGCUGUUAAAAUAUUGACAUUGUCUUCAGAAGUUUCUGGAUGGCUGUCCUAUGAUAAUAACAUUAACCUGUUUGAUGUUGGCCGCUUACAAUAACUGUUAAAGUGAAACGAGUGUGCCUGUAUUAACGUGAAGAAUGAGCACUUUGUUGUGGAACUAAUCUUGCUUUGAGACCUCACGUUGUGGAGGGAGAUCCAACGGGUUGUUUUUCAUUCUCUGAACAGUUAUAGUAUGCUGCUGGAAUGUGCCUCUGUCACUCACCACAAUGCAUGCUAAAAAUAAAUUCUGCACACAAUGUAGAAAAUAAACUAA